AUGUUCUGGCGAUUCGGGGGGUACGCAAAUAUCUCCACGGUCGACACCCUUCUCGAUAAGCCUGAUGUCAGCCUCGAGGAGUUAUUGGACGAACCUGAGCUCAUCUCGGAAUUAAAACAACAUAAUACGAAACUCAUAGAAUAUUUGAGGGAGGACCAUAUACUCAAGAAGUUGCUGGACUAUGUGAUCGCCCCGCCUUUAAUUAAUGACGAUGAUAAUGAUGACGAUGACGACGUUGACGCGACUAAGAAAUCUCCCGUCGGACACGAUACUCAAGAAAAUGAGAAUGAAAAGGAAGACAUCCUCGAGCCCGAGGAUCUUGAAAGGGCUGAAAAGCAACGUUCCAAGUUUGCAUAUGUGGCGUGCGAAAUCUUGUCGUCAGAAACCUGGUCUAUUCUAGAAUCGAUAAUGCUCAAUGAAGCUUAUCUUCGAGAAUUCUGGGACUUUGUGAAACGACCAGCGCCCUUGGACACCGCUCAAGCCGGCUACUUUACAAAAGUGAAUGAAGUUCUAUUCGAUAAGAAAACCGAAGAAAUGCUGGAAUUCUUCAAGUCGCUGACAGGCAUUGUUCCUGGUAUUCUACAACAUGUGGAUAACCCAAUGGUGAUGGAUCUACUUUUGAAAAUUAUUAGCCUGGAAAAGGUCGAAGGUGGACAAGGCAUCGUCGACUGGCUGAAGGAUGAGGGUCUUAUUCCUGUUCUCCUGUCAUACAUAUCGUCCGAGCACCCAUCCUCCAUCCAAACGUCUGCAGGAGAUUUUCUGAAAGCAAUAAUCACUAUCUCUGCAAACGCGACUCAAAACGAACAAUCCUGCAUUGGACCGAACAGCCUUACCAGGCAGCUGGUCUCUGCUCCAUGCGUUGAACAACUUAUCCAAUCCAUGUUGCAGGGAGGGAACUCGCUAACUGUGGGCGUCGGUAUUGUUAUUGAAGUCAUCCGUAAAAAUAACUCCGAUUAUGACGAGAACAUUGGCGGACCUGAUGCUCCACCAAGCAUAUAUGACCCUAUCUACCUAGGCACCCUGCUUCGUCAAUUCUCAAAGCAUAUCCCUGAUUUCAUGACGUUGAUUCUGAGCUCGAGACAUUCGGUCGUUGAGAAUGGCCAGUUGAAAGUCGUGGACCGUGGACAGCUUAACUCGGCUUGGGGUGUGAAAAUCGAGCCCCUAGGCUUUGAUCGCUUCAAAACUUGCGAGCUCAUGGCAGAGCUUCUCCACUGCAGUAACAUGGGCUUAUUGAAUGAGGUCGGGAGUGAAGAUUACAUCCGACAACGGGACAAUGAGCGAGAAAACCUGAGGACACAGGGAGCCUUUGAUCUCAAUAGGAAGGAUGUAUCUGGUAUGACCUACAGCGAGAAUGCUGGGGCAUCAGAACACUGUUACAAAGUUGAAUCUCAGUCUGGAUUGCUAGAGAACGCCAACGCUAGUGAUGACGAUGGCUUUGAAGAUGUCGGGUCGUCAAAAGAUCUCGACUCCGCGAUAAGGAAAAAUAAGCCAGCGGAACAGCCAGAACCCGAGAAUACGCAAGCGCAAUCUCAAGGACAUGGACUUCAUAUUGAAGACAGUAUAGUCGAGGAAACCUUGAGUGAGCCCGUUAGCAAACUAGAGGCUGGAAGCUUUGCUCCUACAGAUUCGUCUAUUGACCCGACAUCGCCCAGUGCAUCCGGUCUUACGGAGAUUGUGAGCGAGAUUACCUUAGGAAAUGAUAGCCAGGGUUCAGCGUCAGACGACGUCCCCAAAGAGCAAGCCCAGCAACCUCCAGCAUUGCCCGAAGAUACCCCUACAACUUCAUCUACCUCUACCUCACAAUCAGACCCACAAGGUGUGGAAUCGGAGUCUCGGGGACCUUCAAAUACAAGUGAUGCCCCAACCGAAGAGGAGCCUUUAGCCGGAUCCCACGUCACUCAAAUUGAUGACGAGUUCGCACCCCAAAUCCAGUACGAACCCUCUGGUCAGCCCGUUGUUGGAGACUUCUUGAAGCUCCAAUUUGUGGAACACAAAGUUGUUCCUACUAUAUUGGAUUUUUUCUUCCGAUUCCCCUGGAACAAUUUCUUGCAUAACGUAGUAUAUGAUGUCGUGCAACAAGUCUUUAAUGGAUCGAUGGACCGAGGUUUUAAUCGUUCUCUCGCUAUCGAUCUUUUUAACGCCGGAUGCAUUACAGAGAAGAUCGUUGAAGGCCAAAGACAUAGUGACGAGGCUCAAGCUGCCAGGAACAUGAGGCUCGGUUAUAUGGGCCACCUAACGUUGAUAGCGGAGGAGGUUGUUAAAUUCACCGAGCGCCAUCCAGCAGAGAUUUUGUCACAGAGUGUUAUGGACAAGGUGUUGCAUCCCAAUUGGGUAGAUUACGUUGAACGAACUUUAUCAGAGACACGUGAACGUGAUAACGCCAUACUUGGUGGUGUCAGACCUGAUGUCAUGGGCCACCGUCAAGCUGUAAUGAAUGCUGUACAAGGCUUCACUGGCUCAAAUGCUCUCGCGAAUGCUGGGCUUAAUGGAGGAGGAGGUGGGGGGAAUGGAUCUGGGUUUGAGAACUUCGAUUCCAUGACCCAUGGCAGUGCUUCUAGUGGGGCAUUUGGCCUAGGAGGUAGCAAUUCCCUUCUUAGCGGCUUUGGAAGCUCCAGUGAUGAUGAGGACGAGGAGAUGGAGGAUCAAGAAGACGAUGAAACUAAAGGCUUUACGGACAACGCCGCAGAGAGCGGAUCAGAAAAUGUGGCCGCAUCCUCUUCGACCAGCCAGCCUAUACCGAUCCUGGCUCCCCCACCUGCCCCUCUAAAUAUCGUCCCAUCGCGGGCACGACGCCAGUUGGCUGCCCGAUUAGCUCUUCACAAACAGCAAGCUGAUGCUGCUGCCCAGAACUCGACAGAACAUUCUAGUACGAAUGACUCGCACCAGAAUGAUGAACCGUGGCAGUCAAAUCCAUUCAUCAUAGCUGAUCUCGAAGAUGACUCGAGCACUUCUCCUGAUUUCCCUGCCGCUGAAUUCUCGGCUAUGGACGCAAAUGACCAGCCUUCUUCACCAACUUUCCACACUGGCUUUACGCCUCCCCGGUCACCGUCAACUAAUUCAUCAGAUGAAGCUGCUGGUGAGCUUAAGGAGACGCUGAGGCGCAAGAUUCGUGUACCCCUGGAGGUAGAUGACGAAGACGAUGACGACGAGAUGGGUGAAAUGGUCGGUCCCAGCUCGGACUCAGUCCUGAUGGAUUCAGAUGAAGAGGAAGAGGCUAUAAUCAACGAAUCACUUGGCUAUUCAAACUUCUUCGGAGCUAAUCGAUACGGUGGGUUCCGAUCAUAUGGGCGAAACGGACAAUCUUCGUUUGAUGAUGACGACGAAGAUGACGAUAGCAGUGAUGGUGAGGACGGUCUUGUCGAGAUCCUGGUUCCAGGACGAAAGUCAUUCUCUUCAAAUUAA